AAAGAUGGUGAAUUUGAAGAAGGGAGCAUGGUCGCCUCAGGAAGACAGAAGAUUGAUCUCCUACAUCACCAAAUAUGGCAUCUGGAACUGGUCCCAAAUGCCCAAAUUUGCAGGGCUUGCAAGGACCGGAAAGAGCUGCCGGCUCCGAUGGAUAAACUACCUCCGGCCAGACGUUAAGAGAGGGCCGUUUAGCGUCGAAGAAGUUGAGGUUAUUGUCAGAAUGUAUCUCUCCCUUGGAAACAGAUGGUCGGCCAUGGCAGCACAGCUUCCGGGGAGAACCGACAAUGACAUCAAGAAUUUCUACCACACUCACUUAAAGAAGAACCUGGAAGCCGUCAGCGUUCCGGUCUCACGACGGGCGGCGGAGAACGGCCGGAAAAGGACCAACAAGAGCAAGAACAACAACAAUGCUCCGCCGCCUGUGAUGGUGCAAAAACAUCCGCAGGUGGUCGCAGAAAAACCUCGUCACGACGACGACCAGGUUCUUCUUAUGAACAGCAGUCCAGGUGGAUUUGGAAACCCUAAUGUUGCUCAUCGUCAGCAAGAAGUUCAUCGUCGUUUCUCGAGUCUUUCCUCCGAGGACUACGAUGAAGACAGGUCUUUUUGGUACAACGUGCUAAAGGAAGCCGACGAUCUCAAGUUUUAGAUGAUAAUAAUGUAAGAAUGUUUUGGAGUUUUCAAUCCCCAUGAAUAUAUAUAUAUAGCAUCCAAUAUCUCCACUACAAAAUAAUCCAGAUUUAGCCACUUUAUCAUUGUUAACCAUCAAC